AUGGAGCACUGGCAUACCAACAGCUCUGCUCCAUACCAACGUGAGCCUGGCGACCUGACCUUAGGAUCAAGGGUCUUGACUUCAUCAUCAGGCAACAUACAGACGUACAAUCCAGAGUCCAAAGAUGGGAUCGAAAACCAAGAUCCUCUACAACUAUCUCGAAGGCCGGAACCGUGGCCGAAGCAAGAGAUCCAAUACCCAAUUCCCGAGGUCAAGCUAGGGUCGAACGAUGCUCAUGGAGAGAACUUAGCACAUCUCCAACAGAGACGGCAGAACCAGAGGGAUAAGUUCUAUCGACGACGACGAGUUGACCCAGCUCGCCCCUAUCUUCAGCAUGCCAAAUACCUCCAAUACCGUGCUCGACAACGCUGCGAUACAGGACCCGAUGGCAAGCCGGUGUGGGAUGAUCGGAUCGAGGAUGCGUUCCAGAAUGCACUCGUUAACAUCCCUCCCAUGGGCCGAAGGAAGAAAUCCCAGCGAGGACGGCCUCAUGGCCGGAAUGAGUUGAUUUCAGAAUGGAUCUUUCAAGAGACAGGAGAGUACCGGACCAGGAAGCAGGUCUCUAGCCACAUCCAAGUGCUCAACACCUUGCUCAAAGAUAUCCCUGAAUGGAAUGCCUUGGUCACAGCGUCGGACGACCGUGGUGGCGGGGGCAGUGAAUACUACAGUGACUCGAUCAAAGACAUGGUCAGAAGUCAGUCUAUUUCCAGCCGCCAUUAUAACAGGGGGUAUAGCAGGCCAGCACACGGUUCAUACUCAAUGCCCUCUGGUAACGGCUACGUCGAUCGUUACUCUUGCUCACGCCUCAGCUUCAAGAUGUGGGUCAGUUUGCCAGAGGAUAUCAGCCAAGCACUGCACCUCUACACUAGGCUGCAGAGCAACAGCUCGUCCAGUCCAAUGCCGUUGGAAGACGUCAAGAAUUGGCGCAACUCAUACCCCAGCCUGCGGUCCGUCAUGGAGAAUUGGACGUUGACAGACUCCUGCGACAUAAUCCUGCUCGACACCAGCUUCCAGCUCAUGACAGACUUCCCACCUAAGCAUUCCAAGCUGGGUAUCAGUCUCGAGCUUGACUUCAUGCAUCCUUCUGGUCAUAACAAGGAGGCACUGUCGACGCUGACAAAAUGGAACUGCGUCACACAAAUCUACCAACACGGACGUCUGAUCAAGGAAACGCGGGACAUGUUUCCUGGCAAAGACUUGCCGCCCGGCAAGAUACGUCCCUUUUUCGAAUCGAGAUGGUGGGCAUCCACUUUUACAACUCUGACCGAAAAGCGUAAGCGAGCUGAGGAUUCCGAGUCGGAUGGUGCAGUUGAAGUUGCCAACGAAGCUUCACGCAAUUUCUUCCGUGGACUGACAGUCAUGCAAGAGAUCACUGCUGAGAUGAAGUCCAAGGAUGUCUAUGACACUCCUCGCUUGAAAAGGAUGGGCAUCUUGCUGUGGAGGUUCUCGCAGGCCGCCCCGGAAUAUGUUGGAACCACGACCUGGCAGAAGCUCAUCCCUCCGGCUGAAAUGAUGGAUGCGAGAGGCGAGACCAGUAUUAGCGACAUGGGUCUCCCAACGAUGGGCAUCGACACAACGAUGGAUGCAGCACAGAACGCGGACCUAUUCACUCAUCCGCAAGGCUUCAUGCCGAUGCAGAGCCAACAGGACUACGACAUGUUUGACACCAGCAUGGACGACCUUUGUCACGAUGGCUUCAUGUACGGCCAAGAUCAGCUGACCGACUUUGGUAGUUUUCAGAAUGAUGGCGCGUCCUUCACCUUCGAGUCGGGGACAGGUCUCAACGGCGAUCUUAGCAUGGGCUACUCGUUGCCAACGCAAGAGGCUCAGCAUCCUUCAGAGCCACCUUCCCAACAAAGCACUAAUCUCUUUGAGAUGCCCCAGAUCAAGCAGCAAGAGCCCGAUCGCCAACUCGCCUUACAAUCCGCACCGCAACAUGACAGCUACAACCCGCCCACCGAAAAGUCUGGCACCCAGCCCCUUGCCAAAUUCGACAUGAAUACGCACAAGGUCCUCCAAGCCCAGCUCGGUGCAGAACACUACUACUCUCAGCAGCUAGACCCACCACAACAGCCACCAUCGCGUCGCUCAGCGCACCCAUCUCCUCACCAACACCAGCAAGCUUCCCAAGCGCAACACCCACCUCCAACCCCACAUCUAGACGACCACGACGAAACGGUCCGCGCCCUCCUUGCCGCCUCCGCCAUGUCUGAUCUCGGCAACUCCACGUCCGCCAGCCAAAGCUCCGCUCAGGCGAACAGGCCCUCGGCAACCACAGCCAGCAGCACCAAAAACAUCCUCGCCACCACACGCCCCGGCCCUCCCAGCAUCACCUACUCCCGCGCGCCACUGACCCUCCAUGCCCCGCAACCACUCUACAUCCCCACCUCGCAACCCUUCACCGGCGCGCCCACCCCACCACUGACCGCCGGUAGCGCCACCAGCAGCCACCAUCACCAGCACCUCCACCACCCUCACCCUCAUCACCAGCCAAUCUCGCACCCACUCUCAGCCCCCAUCCGCCCGCCGCUUCAGGCCCACCACAGCUUCACGAAUGUGGGCGCCAUGGACGCGCGCACUACGGCACAGCACCAUCGGCACGUGCCGUCCAAGCCCAGUAUCGGUGGGGGCGCGAGCUUCGCGGCCGCCCUGGCGAACCUUGAUGCCUAUAGCAGCAGCAAUGAGUUGGCGUUUGGCGUGCCGCAUCAUGGCGCGUAUGACCAGCCUUCUUCGGCGAGCGUUUCAGGAGGGAAUGCCGCGAGGGCGGCGCAUGGGAACGGGGCUAUGGGCUUGGGAGGAGCGGGGGCUGGGGAGGAGAUCUCGAGGCCGCAGAGCCAGCCGGUGCUGUCGGUCAGUGUGCCGGUGCAGAUUGGGGAUGGUGCGGUGGGGAUGGGUAUGGGGUUGGGGCUGGGUGCGUAUGAGCCGUGGGAGAACGUGCAGAAUGAGGUUUUGGGGUCUAGUGGAGGGCAUGGGCAGCAUCAGCAGCGCCAGCAGCGCCAGCAUCCGCAUGCGCAUCAGCAUCAGCAGGGUGGGAGUGCAGCUUACACGGAGGUUGAGCGGGGUGUUGGGCAAGGGGAAAGGGUACGUGGAUAG